AUGUACGCUUGCUGCUCUACAGUAACUUUGGAACAGGACCUCAACAAAAAAAUGCAUAUCUGGAUGCUGCAGACAAUUGCAUUUGCUUUAACAUCGCUAGUCCUUUCGUGGGCAGAAAGCAUCGAGUAUUAUGGGGAAAUCUGUGAUAAUGCAUGUCCUUGUGAGGAGAAGGACAGCAUCCUAACAGUGAGCUGUGAAAACAGAGGGAUCAUCAGCCUUUUUGAGAUCAGUCCACCAAGGUUCCCCAUCUACCACCUCCUGUUGUCUGGGAACCUUUUGAACAGGCUGUACCCAAACCAGUUUGUCAAUUACACAGGGGCUUCAAUUUUGCAUCUGGGAAGCAAUGACAUACAAGACAUCGAAACGGGGGCCUUUCAUGGUCUCAGGGGUUUAAAGAGGCUGCACCUGAACAAUAACAAACUGGAACUUUUACGAGAUGACACUUUUCUUGGGCUAGAGAGUUUGGAAUACCUACAGGUUGAUUAUAAUUAUAUUAGCAUCAUUGAACCCAAUGCCUUCAGCAAACUGCAUUUGCUGCAGGUGCUGAUUCUCAAUGAUAACCUCCUCUCCAGUUUGCCCAACAACCUCUUCCGUUUUGUGCCCUUAACUCACCUGGACCUAAGGGGUAACCGGCUGAAGUUGUUGCCCUAUGUGGGCCUUUUGCAGCACAUGGAUAAAGUGGUGGAGCUGCAGCUGGAGGAAAACCCCUGGAAUUGCUCCUGUGAGUUGAUUGCUCUAAAGGAUUGGCUGGACAGCAUCUCCUACUCUGCUCUGGUGGGAGAUGUGGUUUGUGAGACACCUUUUCGCUUACAUGGUCGAGAUUUGGAUGAAGUCUCCAAGCAGGAGCUUUGCCCCAGGAGACUCAUCUCGGAUUAUGAAAUGAGACCACAGACACCACUGAGCACCACAGGCUAUUUCCACACUACCCCAGCUUCAGUCAACUCUGUGGCCACUUCUUCUUCAGCUGUUUACAAAUCCCCCUUGAAGCCCCCCAAAGGGACCCGCCAACCCAACAAGACAAGGGUGCGCCCCACCUCCCGCCUGCCCUCCAAAGACCUGGGAUACAGCAACUACGGCCCCAGCAUUGCCUACCAGACCAAAUCACCGGUGCCUUUGGAGUGCCCUACUGCCUGCACUUGCAACUUGCAGAUUUCUGACCUGGGCCUCAAUGUCAAUUGUCAGGAGAGGAAGAUUGAAAGCAUUUCUGAACUGCAGCCCAAACCUUAUAAUCCUAAGAAGAUGUAUCUGACGGAAAACUACAUUGCUCUAGUACGCAGAGCAGAUUUUGUGGAUGCUACUGGGCUGGAUUUGCUGCACCUGGGCAAUAAUCGGAUCUCGGUCAUUCAGGACCGGGCUUUUGGGGAUUUAACUAAUUUGCGAAGGCUGUACCUGAAUGGGAACCGUAUUGAGCGGCUGAGCCCAGAGCUGUUCUAUGGGCUGCAAAGCCUGCAGUACCUCUUCCUGCAGUACAACGUCAUCCGGGAGAUAGAGGCAGGCACCUUUGAUCCUGUCCCCAACCUUCAGCUCUUGUUUUUGAACAACAAUCUGCUGAGGUCUUUGCCAGGGAACAUUUUUUCUGGUCUGUCUCUCUACAGGCUGAGCCUGCGGAGCAACCACUUCUCCUACCUGCCAGUGAGUGGGGUGCUGGACCAGCUGAAAUCCCUGCUGCAGAUCGACCUGCACGAGAACCCCUGGGACUGCACCUGCGACGUGGUGGGCAUGAAGCUGUGGCUGGAGCAGCUUAACACCGGCGUCCUGGUGGACCAGGUUAUCUGCGAGUCCCCUAAGAAGUUUGCCCAGAGCGACAUGCGGGCCGUCCGGGCGGAGCUGCUGUGCCCCGACUACUCGGACAUCGUUGUUUCCACGCCCACGCCGUCCCCGGGCCAGCUGCCGGCCAGGACCACCCCCUCGUCCUCCACCGUGCGCCUCAACGGCACGGCGGGGGGCGGCGCUGGCGGCGGCAGCUCGUCGGUGCCGCUCUCGGUGCUCAUCCUCAGCCUGCUGCUGGUCUUCAUCAUGUCGGUCUUCGUGGCGGCGGGGCUUUUCGUCCUGGUGAUGAAGCGGCGCAAGAAGGGCCAGGGUGAUCACGCCAGCGCCAACAACUCCGACGUGAGCUCCUUCAACAUGCAGUACAGCGUCUACAGCGGCGGGCACCACCACCACCACCCCCACGGGGGGGGCGCGGCGCUGCCCAAAGUGAAGACCCCCGCUGGCCACGUCUACGAGUACAUCCCGCACCCCCUGGGCCACAUGUGCAAAAACCCCAUCUACCGCUCCCGGGAGGGCAACGCGGGCGAGGAUUACAAAGACCUCCACGAGCUCAAGGUCACCUACAGCAGCCACCCCCUGCACACUAGCGAGCCGCGGGAGGAGCUGCUGUCCCCGGUGCAAGACGCCGAUCGCUUUUACAGGGGCAUUUUGGAGCCCGAUAAACACUCCUCCUCCUCCACGCUGGGCACACCCGGCUCCACCCUCCCCGACUACCCCAAGCUCCCCGCCACCUAUACCUACUCCCCCAACUAUGACCUUAGGCGUGCCCACCAGUACUCGCACCCGGGGCCGGGGGACAGCAGGCUCCGGGAGACAGUGCUCUACAGCCCCCCGAGUACUGUCUUUGUAGAGCCCAACAGGAACGAGUACUUGGAGCUAAAAGCAAAACUAAACGCAGAGCCGGACUACCUCGAAGUGCUGGAAAAACAGACCACAUUCAGCCAGUUCUGA